GCUUUGCAUUGCAUGAUGCAUGUUGUCCAUCUGCUUUCCAGUCUAAAAGAACUGGAGCUUCUUGAAUCUCCGCUGACAGCACAGGGACAGAACAAGGCCAAGCAUCAGACGCAAGAAGCCCACAUACCGGCUGCCAUCUCCUGGUGGAGAGGCCAGUCUAAGGAGGGCAAGAAAAACCUGGCUGCCCUAGUUCCACAAGAAACUGUGAUGGAUAUUCAGAAACGGAUCCAAAGCCUGGAAGUCAAUCACAUACCAGCCCAGCUGGAAGAGACUAAGCGGUGCAUGAGGGUGCUUCUCAAAGACCAGGGAACGAGCACCUGCGACAACACUCAGAUUCAGUUUAGGGAUGUUAAUGUGGUCACAGAUUCAUCAGCAGAGGGUUCGGCCACAGAAGACCUACUGAAGUCCCUGAGGAAAGUGGAGGACAUGGUGACGCAAGCCUUACAGGCAGCUCAGGUGCUCAUGGGCAGUGAGAAGAGGAUGAAGGUGAGGAGAGAGGCCAUCGGCAUGAGGGUGGAAAGAGCACUGAGCAGAGCCGAAGCCACUGAGAGUCAACUCAAUGCCCUGGAGGCCACCAUCUCUGCUAACACACAGUCAUUAUGGAUAUCUCAGUCCAUGGGUACAGAGCUCCUGGUGGAUUGUGGCUCAGCUGCAGUUACAUCAUUUUCCACACCCGAGCUUGUCGCUCAGGAGAGCAUUCUCACUCCACUUUCAUCUGAGAACGGUGGCUCGCUUCUGUGCACGCGAGCAGAGGACCACAGCAACAAGGUCAGCAAAAACCCAGAUGCAACCCUCCUAGAUCAGGAUCCUGGUUCACCAUCUGAGCUUUGGCAGAAACGUGCUGACAGUGUUUGGCUUGAGCCGGUGUCUGCAGGUCUUCCAUCUGUGGGAGCGAUUACUCUACAGAGUGCUGCUUUACUCUGUACUGAGAGCUCUUUGCCGGAACCGUCUUGUGAGGAGCCCACGCCACACAACAGACAGGAGAAUGUAGCUGGGUUAGAUUGGCCAGCAAGCAAUGAGAGCUUCCUCUCAGAGUCAGAGGCUAUUAGGAACACCUUAGCUGUAAACGAGGAAACGUGCAGGAGUCAAAUUAAAGAAGAGACUGGAUGUGCCGGAACUGAGCUACAAAACAGCAGAAGACGAACAGAGAGUCCUGGGAGGUGCCACAAAUCAGAAAAUAGCAGUAGGACAGAGGCCUUAAAACUUCUGAACCAAGAGCAGACUUCCAAGUCCGCGGACGUCUGGGAUAAUCAAGGACUCAGUUUAUCAGGGGAGACCCAAGUAGAGGAUACUGGGAGCUGUCAAGACGGAAGAGAGAAUUCAGAUUGCACUGGGAGGAGUCAAGAGGAAUCUGAGAGCAGUGGACAGAGUCAAGCAAGGACAGGGAACAGUGAGACUCAAGAGGAGCCCAAAACAAGUGACUCAGACACAUCAAAGAGUCCGAGUGUCCAAGCCACAGAUCUCACUGAGACUCCAGGGGACCAAGAGGACCCAACUGCUAUCUGUCAGUUUACACACUCAGGGGCUGAGCAAACUUCACUUAAGAGAGCUAAUAGUUUUGUGACAGAGUCUGUCACUGAUUUUAUCUUCCCUCACACACGCUCUCGGCCCACGCUCAUCCCUGCCAUGCCCACCCUUCCUGAGGAUGAGGAAGACUCUCCAGAGGAGCUCAACAGUACAUCCAGCUCGCCCUCCACAUACGCUCCAGUUGAAAGCAUGAUGGUAAAUGUAACCAUAACUCCACCAGCUAUUGUGCUUCCAAGACAAGUCAACAAGCAGGAAUCCUGUCCUCUGGAGAAAGCAAGAUCGCACAGCCCUAGGCCUCGUCUCUCCCGAAACUCUGCAUCUUCGUGUCCCAUCACCACAGUGGAUAAUGAUGGGCACAUGAUAGACCUGGUGAAGGAUCAGCUUCCUGAGCUGCAGUUAUCUGAAGAGGAUCGUCAGAAGAAUUUGGAGCUAAUCGAGGAGGCCAAGAAAGUCAGCGAUCGCUUCCUGCAGCGCAGAGGCCGACGUUCCACCUGUAGCCUCAGUGAAUCUCCAACAGCUCUCUCCCCGAACACAACGCCAUGCUCUUCCCCCAGACCAUCCAGAAACAGUUCCCUCUCCUCACCCUCACAGCUAGGUCCUGAGGUCACCGCAACUCCUCCAGCAAGUCCCUCCAUAACUAAGCAUCUGGAGGUACCAUCCACUCAUGGCCAAGGGGACACGAGUAAACCAGAGCAGGAGACCUUCACAAGGCUAGUAGAUUGGAUGCCCUGUGACAAGCGAAGGGUGUCCUCAGAAACUUUAACCCUGCGUUAUUCCACCUCUGUACCAGCCAGGGAUCCUGCUGUGUUUCAGAAGGAGAAACCAGACCAUCAUGGACCAGCAGACAAGGGGAAGAACUCUGAACACGCAGCCCAGAAAAAGGAGGAGACUUCUGGCUGUGGCAUCAGUCAACCUCCAGCUACAGGGGUAGCCAAACCCGUCCCCCGGCCACCCACACAGCAAGCCCCGUGCACGGCCGAAAUCAAAACAAUAGGGGCCUUCCCUCCUCUGAUGAGAGCCGUCUCCUGGGAUACGGUAGGCUCCAUAAACAUGAGGAAUGCAGCUCCCAAAGGGGAGGACAAUCUCUCUGAGCAAUCAAGGGAGUCUCAGUUUAAGUCCCCCGGGUACAAAGACUUCCCUGUGCCACCUGGGAACGUUCAAAAACUGUCCAAAUUGCGCGAGGAGCACAAACUGAUGCGUAACCAGAGCAUCUCCAGCCCAAAGCUUCCUGACCUGAGUGAAACGGAGCAGGAACGAGGACCAUCCUCUUCACUCAUCAGCUCUCCUAGUGAAGAAGAGGCCAAAGAGAAGCCUGAUGCUUUGCCCAACAUUUCAGACAUCAUGCUGCGCAAGCUCAAACUGCACAGGGGUUUACCUGGCUGCGCACCCCCGCUCUCAGAGAAGGAAGUUGAGAACGCCUUUGUGCAGCUGUCCCUGGCAUUCCGGAACGACAAUUACACGCUGGAGUCGCGGCUGAAACAGGCUGAAAGAGAACGCAACCUGACUGAGGAAAACGCUGAGAAGGAACUGGAAGAGUUUAAAAGCUCUCUCAAGAACACUGUGUCACUGUGGCAGAACAUCGAGCAGCGGGAGUUUUACCAGCAUCUCUUAGAAACGAUCGCUGUAUUGCACCGCCUGACCAACCGCCUCUCCAGCAGGGCUGAAAUGGUGGGAGCUGUGAGACAGGAGAAGAGAAUGAACAAGGCCACUGAGGUGAUGAUGCAGUAUGUGGAGAAUCUGAAGAGGACGUAUGAGAAGGACCAUGCUGAGCUGAUGGAGUUUAAGAAGGUUGCCAGCCAAAACUCCAGCCGCUGUUAUGUGGGCUCAGUGGACACUGGAGAGGAUGGUGUUCCACGGCCAUGUAGAUCCAUGUCUGUGCAAAUGGGAAAGGCUUUGCCCAGACGAAGAGUCAGUGUGGCUGUAGUUCCCAAGCCUAAUCUACUGAACAUCCCCGGGCAGCCGCUAGCCGCCGCUGGCCCACUUCCUGUGUUGUGUGAGGCGAACACUAUUAAGAAUGGCAGUUCCUCAGACGGUACACAACAAGAUGUGCCUGACAAAUCCAGUGGAAACCCUCUGACAGAGCAGGAAAGUGAAGCAACGCCAACCAAAGUUGUCUGCAGUCCAGAGAAGCUUACAGAAGAGAUCAAAGCCAAGAUUGAAGAAGAAGCGUAUAACAAAGGAUUCCAGGAAGGACUUAAAAGGUUUAAAGAACUUCAAGAGCUGAAGGAGGAGGAAGAGAAAGCUGAAGAGAAGCCGAAGGACUCUGAGGAGGAAGCAAGAGGAAAUAAUGAUAAAGACACAAAUACUAAUAGCAGGUUUGAGGAGGCAUUAGAAGUCUUUGACCGGAUAUUCCCAAAAUUCUUCAGACGAAAUCGAGUGCUCUGGAUCGUCCUCACUCUGUUUUUCGCUUCAUUCAUACUUGUCAAUGUCAUAAGCUUCUUCAGUAACUGCUACAGUGAGAGCGGAGACACGUCUGCAGAGAAGUCCGCCGUCCCAGGCAAGAAGUUUUUUGGACUGAAUGUGGGGUCAAAGACACCUGCCCCAGAAUGACAUUAUUUUCUUCCAUCAUGGAGAGACAGAUCAAGGGAAUUCUGCUGGCAAUUUCUUUAACAAACACAGCUCAUAUUGUUUCUACCAGUCUUUCACACUGCAUUUAGUAAACAGCAGAAAUACUUGUUAUUGUUUAGGGACCAAGUGUGCUUAAAUGAGAAAUCAGAUUUGCUUUGUAAACUAAAUUGAUAAGUUAUAAUACUUGAGGUUGGGAAAGUUGGGAUUUCUUGUUAUUGUGGAGAAACGUUUGAUAUAAGAUUAUACCACUCGAACCUUAUGAUUAAACUUCUCAGGUUUUGUGAAAUAUAUAUUUGAUAUAUAAAUACAAUAUUUAAUACAAAAUUUGGUACAGUAUGUUUCUUUGCGGUUGUUUUUGUUGUUUAUUUGACUUGACAUUCCAAGGUAGAUCCUAAAGUGCAAUAUUUUGCGACUGGUAGUUGACGGUUGUGUGGGGUUGUGCCUUCAGAGCACUGGUUUUAAUAGUACAGAAUUUUUCACAACUUUAAAGAGCACUUUUAACUAGCAUGAAAGAAUUCAUAUUUGCACAUGUGUGCUUGUGUUUACUGUUGUGCCACUUCACCUUGUAAUAAAGGUGUUUGAAAAUC